AUGGAAGCCGAGGAAUUAAUUAAAAGUCUUCAAGCCUCGUUUAACCAAUUGGUGGACGAAGUCACGUGGAUGGAUGACGUCACAAAGCAAGCUGCCAAGGAAAAGAAUAAUUUGAUCAAGACAAUCAUUGGUCAACCUGACAUUUUAAACAACCUCACCUUCAUCGAUGAGCUCUACGUCAAUUACACAUACAGUCCCGAUCUGUACUUUGAGAACAUCGCAAACAGCUUGAAAAUCUACACAUUACGGGCAUGGCAGUUGCUACGGCAACCGGUUCAAGAGUCUAUGCCACCAGUCACAGCCAGCGAUGUAAACGCGUAUUACGACACCUUUGCUAAUUCCAUCACUCUUUUGGGAGGGAUACUAAGACCGCCAGUAUUUAAAAAGACGUACCCCAAAUACCUAAAUUAUGGAUCAAUAGGAUCAAUUAUUGGACAUGAAUUAACUCAUGGUUUUGAUGACCAAGGUCGACAACGCAACAAAUUUGGUCAGCUCGCCCAGUGGUGGAGCCAGACCUCCAUAGAGAACUUCAACCAACAAAAAAAGUGCAUCAUCGAGCAGUACUCCAACUACACAGUCAUGGGACCCAGUGGCCCAGUCCAUCUGGUGGGAGGCAUGUCACAAGGGGAGAACAUCGCUGAUAACGGGGGCCUCAAGGAAUCGUUUAGGGCCUACAGGAACUGGAUAAAGGAACAAGGCAAAGAAGAGCCAACAUUACCAGGACUUAACUUCACGGGAAACCAGUUAUUCUUUGUUUCGUUUGCUCAGAUCUGGUGCUCUAACAACAACCCCGCCUAUUUAAACUACAUGGCGACAGCAGAGGUCCACAGUCCUGGCCAGUACAGGGUUAUUGGGUCUAAUCAAAAUUCUCUGGAUUUUUCUCGUGAAUUUAACUGCCCUGUCGGAUCAUACAUGAACAGACGAGAGAAGUGUGUCAUCUGGUAG